GAACAACCAUAUAAAUAUGAUACCAUAACACGAUAACACGAGCACAAGUGGAAGCCCAACCCUUUCUCAAACCCGGAGCAAACAAGGCAUUAAAACCAGAUAUUCUUCGUGGUGUGUUCGUUUGUUGCAAGCGCACAGAGAGAGAGAGAGAGAGAGAGAGAGAGGGAAAGAGAUAUCUCGGGAGAAACAAGAGAAGAAAGUAUGGGGAAUUGCCAGGCGGCGGAGGCGGCGACGGUGGUGAUCCAACACCCGAGCGGGAGGGUGGAGAGGGUGUACUGGUCUCUAAGCGCUAGCCAAGUCAUGGCCGCCAACCCCGGCCACUACGUCGCCGUUAUCAUCGCCACCCCCGCCACCUCCUCCGAUGGCAGAAGCAACGCCCCGGUGAAGCAUCUUAAGCUGCUCCGCCCCGACGACACACUCCACAUUGGCCACGUCUACCGCCUCGUUAGCUUCGAAGAGGUGCUGAGAGAGUUCGCGUCCAAGAGGCACGUCAAGCUGAGCCGGUUGCUCGUCAAGCAAAAGGACAAGCCCAGCUCGAGAAGAGCCGCCCCUGGCGGCAGCGGCGGAGGAGGAGGUGGACGAGAACGACGGCGAGGUGGUGGUGGUGGUGGUCCGGCGGCGGAGACCGAGAGCUCGCCGGCGAUGCCUCAGGUGGUGGAGUCGCCGGAGACGGUGGAGGUGGAGUUCGAGGAGAUGGUGCAGAGGCUGGCGAGCAACAGGAGCAGCAGUGGGGCGGCAGCACGCCACGGGCAGUGGAGGCCAGCCUUGCAAAGCAUCGCAGAGACUGGAAGUUAAAAAAAUCUCACUCACUUACUGCCUUUUUCUGGUUUUCUCUCUAGGUCCAAAUUAAUAAUAUGGAACAGAUGCCUUUUUCUCCCUUCCUUUCUGCUAUGUUUUAGGUUUGAGAUUUGUACUUAAACUUUAUUGUGUAUUAAAUAUUAUGAUGACAGAUGAGUUUCUUAGUGGCUA